GUGCAUAAAUAAACCCAAAAAACAAUAAUCUCUCAAACUAUUUUUGAGUUCAUUUCUUGUACUUAGCAAUUCUUUAGCUUUGAUCAGUCAUCAUACUUGCUUUCCAUUACCUUCUCUCCCUCCCUCUCUUUCUCUCUCAGCUAACUUUACUAGAGAGUUGAAAUCUUCCAUUUUUUACCUUCUUGUCCAAAACCUUGAUUCCGUCGUAUAUCCAUAAUCAAAUAUCACUAGCCAAAACGAUCCAAAACCCAGUAUUCUAUUGCUUUGUUUCUAAUCCUUUUUAAUUUUCAUAAGCUCAAAAACUUGAAAAAAAAAACCAUGGCUAAUCUAUGGUGGACGGGGCAAGUAGGGUUACAAGGAAUGGAAACAUCGGCCACUUCAUCAUCUCCGAUGAAGAAACCAGAUCUGGGUAUAUCCAUGAACGGAGAAACAGGCGGCGGCGGUGGAACCACGGCAGAAGAAGAAGACAAAGAGCACAGCGACGAGCCUAGAGAAGGUGCUAUCGAAGUAUCCACUCGCCGUCCCAGAGGUCGACCAGCAGGCUCCAAAAACAAGCCCAAACCACCCAUCUUCGUCACUAGAGAUAGCCCUAAUGCACUAAGAAGUCACGUCAUGGAAAUAACCACCGGUUCUGACGUAGCCGAAACCCUAGCCCAGUUCGCCAGGAGGAGACAACGAGGGGUCUCCGUUCUCAGUGGGAGUGGAACUGUCACCAACGUUACACUCAGGCAACCUUCGGCUCCUGGUGCUGUCAUGGCUCUUCAUGGUCGGUUCGAGAUUUUAUCGUUGACCGGAGCGUUUUUGCCCGGACCGGCUCCCCCGGGAUCGACCGGGUUGACGAUAUACCUAGCCGGUGGUCAAGGGCAGGUGGUUGGUGGUAUUGUAGUGGGGUCACUUGUGGCAUCAGGCCCUGUCAUGGUAAUAGCAGCAACUUUUUCCAAUGCUACAUAUGAGAGGUUGCCUUUGGAGGAGGAAGAGGAGGGUGCCGCUGGUGCUCAAGGUCAGCUCGCUGCUGGCAGCGGAUCGCCACCAGGAACUGCACAAGGAGGGGUCGGUGGUGGCGAUGGUUCGGGUUUGCAAGUUUACAGUAAUUUGCCACCAAAUUUGGUGCCUAAUGGUGGACAGUUGAACCAUGAGGCUUAUGCUUGGGCGCAUGGUGGAAGGCCACCAUAUCAGUAAACAUAUAGAAA